GCAAACUAAACUUUGCAAUAGGAUAACACGAGAGUCUUACGCCUUGGACUGUCGCUUCAAAAUUGGUCUAAUUUUUCCUGAGCGCACGAGGGCUUCUCUAGAAGACCUGGGGUGCACUUGAGCUGCCUUAAGCAAAGGCAGCAAGAUGGGCCGAGCGUUGCUCUCAGCCCUGCUGCCGCUGGCUCUGGCUUCGUUGGCGCGCGCAUACUAUGUGCCCGGCACGUAUCCCGCGGAGUUUAGGAUUGAGGAUCCCCUCCAGGUGCACGUGAGCACGCUGACCUCGUUUGACACGGAGCUGCCUUACGAGUACUACUCCAUGCCCUUCUGCAAGCCCAAGGAGGGCGUGCACCGCAUCGCCAACACGGCCAACCCGGGCACCAUCCUGGAGGGCAUUCGGAUAGAGAACUCGGUGUACAACUUCACCAUGAAGGUUAAGCAGACGGGCGUGCUGGCCUGCCCGGGCGGCUCAUACGGCAAGCUGACGGAGAAGGAGGUCAAGACGCUGAAGCGGCUUAUUGACGGCCGCUACCGCGUCAACUUCAUUCUGGACAACCUUCCUGUCACCGUGUACGACUUGCUGGACGAGAAGAACGAGUUCCUACGCCCUGGCUUCGAGCUAGGCUACAAGCAGGACGGCAAGUACUACAUCAACAACCACCUGGUCUUCAAUGUGCUGGUCUACAUGACGCACGGCGAGUACACGGCAGCGCGUGAGACGUACGCUAAAUCAAUGGCGCUGGACUCACUGGACGCGCGCCGCCACGCCCACCGCCAUCUGCUGGCCGACUCCCCCUCCAGCUCCUCCUCCAGCUCCUCGGGCUCCUCCAGCACAGGCGCGGCAGCUGAUGCUGCCAGCGACGACGACACGGAGGACCCGCCGUUCUACAUGGUGGUGGGCUUCGAGGUGUCGCCCUGCUCCAUCCACCGCACCUCCAGCCACGACAUCGAGGACAUCGUGUGCGGCGUCGACGACAACGCCCACAUCAAGCCGCAGGAGAUUGUUGUGGGCGCGGACAUUGUGUACACCUACGACGUGUACUGGCAGGACAGCAAGAUCAAGUGGGCCUCGCGCUGGGACGCAUACCUGCGCAUGCCCGGCGGCAAGGUGCACUGGUUCUCCAUCGUGAACAGCCUGCUGGUGGUGCUGGUCAUGGCCACCAUCGUGGGCAUGAUCCUGGUCCGCACGGUGCGCCGCGACCUGCAGAAGUACGAGGCGCUGGUGGUGGAGGGCGGCGGCGGCCCCGACUCGCGCGAGGAGGCGGGCUGGAAGCUGGUGGCGGGAGACGUGUUCAGGCCGCCCGCCAACAGCGCCUCGCUGGCAGUGCGGGUGGGCACGGGUGUCCAGAUCCUGGCGGCCUCGCUGGUGACGCUGGUGCUGGCGGCGCUGGGCUUCCUGUCGCCGGCGGCGCGCGGCGCGCUGCUGACGGUGGGCAUCCUGUGCUUCGUGUGCCUGGCGGGCCUGGCGGGCUUCGCGGCGGUGUACGUGUGGGGCCUCGCGGAGCGCUCCUUCAACAACUGGCAGGGCGUGGCUGCGCGCGUGUCGCUCUACUACCCCGGCCUGAACCUGCUCAUCUUCACGGUGCUGAACCUGGCCAUCGUGCGCACCGGCACCACGGGCGCCGUGCCGCUGGGCAUGUACUUCAGCCUGGUGCUGGCCUGGUUCCUGGUGUCCACGCCCCUGACCUUCCUGGGCGGCAUGAUGGCGAUCCGCAUGCCGCUGCUGGAUUGGCCCGUCAAGACCAACCAGAUCCCGCGCCAUGUGCCGCCGGCCCCCCUGGCCGCCAACCCCACGCUGCUGUUCCUGGCUGCGGGCGUGCUGCCCUUCGGCACCAUGUUCAUCGAGCUGUACUUCGCCAUGACCAGCCUGUGGCUGGGCUACUUCUACUACCUGUUUGGUUUCGUGCUGCUCAUCGGCGCGCUCACCUGCAUCAUCAACGCCGAGAUCAGCGUGCUGUGCACCUACGUGCAGCUGUGCGCCGAGGACUACCACUGGUGGUGGCGCUCCUUCAGCCGCGGCGCCAGUGUGUCGCUGUACAUCGGGCUGUACGCGGUGGGCUUCAUGGCCUCCAGCCUGCCCACGCUGUCGGGCGCGCUGCCGGUGUUCAUCUACCUGUGCUACAUGUCGCUGUUCGUGCUGGCCUUCUACUACGCCAUGGGCACGCUGGGCUUCGCCGCCAGCCUGUGGUUUGUGUACUCCAUCUUCAAGGCAGUCAAGGCCGAUUGAGAGACACGUUCAGGAGGGGGGAAUUUGGGUGGGGCGAGCAGCGAAUGCUGGUUAGAGCGCACGUGGAGGCGCUGGUUGUGUGGGCCGUGUGGGCUGCGUGUAUGAGGGGCACUGCGAGGUCGGGGGCACCGGCAUCGAUGCGAUGCGGUACAAGGGUUGCUGGGCGAGGCGCACAUUCUUGAACGGCUUGGGCGGCAUCUUGGGUAGGUACUAGGUAGAGCCUCAGCAAGACCGUAGGUGCCAGUUGAGGCUGUGGCAGCGACGGCUGCAGCCUGCAGGAGGCACAGCUGCGUGGUUUCAAGGGCGGGAAGGCGCCGUUGGGGAAUGCGAGUGUGUGCAGCCAGGUCGCUGCUUAGCCACGGAAUGUCAUGGCGUGUGUGCGCCCACUAGAUGCGCCGCCUAUAUGUGUCUGACAGUGAGAGUGUGCGUGAGGUUGCGGGGGUAUCUGUGAAUGCUUUACCGGAAGCGACCUACUGUACAAAGAGGCUGAUUGUGCGGGGCUGCGGCGAUACUGCUGUUUGUAAGCCGGAAGUCGGGCAGGCUCAUGCGGAAGUCGGGCAGGCUCAUGCGGGCGCCUCGCUACCGUGGAGGGCACUGUAUGCCUUGGGUAUAACACGCAUACGCCUAGUGCGGUAACACAAGGGAACUACAGCGUCGCAAGACGGCAAGAGGACGGGCGAGGAGUGGGUGUCCGUCCGUGUCCGUCGGUGAGCCAGGAACGUGGGGACGCCCAGCUGCUUCGGGCCCGCCCGCAAAUCCCUGGCCCAGUCGCGCAGUGCCAAGAGUCGGGGCUGCCCCGCGAGGAGGCAAACACGCGAAUGGGAUGUAAGGACAAGACAGG